CGUGCGUGCUUGCGGAAGCAGCGCGUGGAAUGCUGGUACACUGUUGUUGUUUUGGAGUUAAUUUAGUAGGAGGACGGCGAGCUGCUCGUUCGCUGUCGGCUUAACUUCUCCGCCGGUGCCGCCGAGCUACUCGGACACGUUUUUACAUCUAAUCCCGUCAACAAACAGCAAGAGUGCAUCUUCUGAGGGGUUCCAGCCAGUUGUCUAUAUGCAGGGAAUGACUACUCAUUUCAAGACGAGCAAAGCUUUAAAGGUCAAGAAGGAGGUGGGUGAGAAUGCCCCGGCGCUCAGCGACGACGAAUUGGUAGCCAUGUCUGUGCGAGAACUCAACCAGCAUCUGCGCGGCCUGACCAAGGAGGACGUUGUACGGUUGAAACAACGGCGGCGGACCCUGAAAAACCGGGGCUACGCUGCUAGCUGCCGCAUCAAGCGCGUCACUCAGAAGGAGGAGCUGGAGAGACAAAAGACGGAGCUGCAGCAGGAAGUGGACAAGCUGGCGCGUGAGAAUGCCAGCAUGAGAUUGGAAUUGGAUGCCCUACGAGCCAAGUACGAGGCCCUGCAGUGUUUUGCCCGGACUGUGACCCGUGGGCCUCUCUCGCCAGGCAAAGUGGCCACCACAAGUGUCAUCACCAUCGUCAAGUCUGUCAAUCAUAACUCCAGCCCCGCCCCAUUCUCAACGCCGUCCUAGUGCUGACAGGACCAGGCUACUCCUUCACCUGCCUGUUCCUUCCUGGUUCUGACCCAGCCUGACCCCACUCAUCCAGUACUGAGAGGACGAUCAGUCGUUAAGACUAACGGAUUGAAUGGGACGGCUAUGUGAUGUUAUGCUGCAUUCACAACUGUGUCUCCUUCCCCCUCCUCUCCUUUACAAUCUACACUGUCUCUUCACUGUGCAACCUGCUCCCUCCAACCCCAGCACCGGCAGGGUAUUGGGUCUUUGUGACCCAAUCUCUAUGACUGAUAAUUGCUUUUACUCCAGUGUGGAAUAAGUGUGACACAUUUUGUUUUGGUGGGAUGGUAUGGAUCUAUCCGAGGACAAGUUGUUUUCUAUCUGCAAAAGCACCUAAAGUGUCUCAGUAUUAAUGAGCCUCUGAAGCUGCGGCCUUAAUGCGAUCUACAAAAA